CUCCCUCUCUCUUGUUGCUAAAGCGAAUCGCAAUGCCUAAGCAAAUCAAAGACAUUAAGGAAUUCCUUGAAAUUGCUCGCCGCAAGGAUGCCAAGUCGGCCUGCAUCAAGAAGAACGCCGACUCUGUCAAGUUCAAGGUUCGCUGCUCCCGCUACCUCUACACCCUUGUCGUCAACGACAAGCAAAAGGCUGGCAAGCUUAAGCAGUCGCUUCCCCCCACUCUUUCUGUGAACGAGGUCAAAUAAACUAGCCUGUGUAUCUAGUAGAAACUUUGUUUUUUCAACGAAAGUAAAAGAAAGAAAGGCAUUGCUGAUUAUUUAAUACCAUUGGAGUGCAUGUGUAAAUGUGCGUAUAUAUUUGAAAAUGGUAAAGAGGAGAGUGAACCGAUGUCAUUAGGGCUGUACGCGCUUAUGGUUCCAAAGCUUACUUAUCGAUCUUCGACCUAUAAUAAAGGAUUUAAAGUAAACUGCA